AUGCCUAUUCGCAAUCCCUUUCGCCGCGCGGGUGUGCCUGAGGCCGCCGAUGAGGCCCAGCGGAGCGCGCCGGAGAACGGUUUCAAGAGCACAGCUGUCUCGGGCGCAACGCCCCUGCAGGUCAAGGACCCUGUAGAAUACAAAUUGAGUGAAAUAAACGAUAGCGGCGUCUACCUACCGCCAUCCCCACAGCACGAGAAGCCUACCUUCUGGCACUCCAAGUCCAACGUCUCCACCACUUCCUCAAAUCACCGAAGUCUGCUCAGCGAAACCGAGCCGUUUAGCAUUUCGCGCGAGAGCUUCGACUCGUACAGGAGGUCGUUUGAUAUCUCUGCGCGCUCCCCAAUAACAGACAAUGUCCACGAAACCUACCCUCGUCAGUCGCUCGAUGCGCGCCGCUCCGUAGACACUAGACGCUCUCUCGAUGUCCGCCGUUCGCGCGCCACACCCCGCUCGUCAAUGCAACAACCCCGCCAUAGUGAAAGCCACGAGCAAGUGCCUGAGGAGGGUUUUGAAGACGUGGGCCUGAACGACGAGCCGAAGCCCCAGCCGAAGAAGCGCAGCAUCUUCUCGCGCUUCGGCGACAACAACCAUGCCAAUGAGAAGACUGAAGAGCGACCCGGCUCGAGCCAUCACUUCUCUUUGACAGGCCGGAAGAGGGCUGAGAGCGGGGCAGGCUCAGAGCUCAAGCCUAUGCCAAAGCCGUCAACGGAGGCGCCCGUGGAGGCGCGGUGA